UUAUUAUUCAUUUUGUUUCCAGCUGUUUGACACAGACGAGGAUGAGAAAAUCACUCAUGAGGAGUUCACUGCUCUUCUGCGCUCUGCUCUGGGUGUGUCCAGUCUCAACAUGACCAAGCUCUUCAAGGAGAUUGAUGCAGACGGUUCUGGCUUUAUCACAUUCAGUGAAUUCCAAGCCUUUGCACUGAGACACCCAGAGUAUGCCAAACUCUUUACUACGUACUUGGAGCUUCAGAGAUACCAGGCCAUUCAGGAAGCCUCACCUGGGGAUCUGGAACUGAGCGGUCACGGCAUUUCAGAGAUGGAGGACAGUAUCUCAGACAAGAAAGAUGACUGACAACUUGGAGUGAGGAGUGACAAGGGUAACACUCAUCUCAGAAAUCUCAAUAGUGUUUUUUUUUUUUUUUUGACUCCAACCAAAUUAAUUAUGUUGUUCACAACACAUUUGCUAUUAAGAUCCUUCACCACAUUGGCAGGACCAAUUUAAGAAGUUUUAUCAUAAUGUUUUUAUUAUUUUAUUAACAAAAAAUGGGCAAUAUCUGUACACUGGGAUUAUAUUUUAAUACAUAAUCUCUGUAGAAUAUAGACAAAAAAGUGGACAAUGUUCUUAUUACAUACAUUUUGAUGCCAUACAAACAAGAGUUAACCCUGAGUUGUUAUUUGUCAUAACGUCAUGCAAUGGUUACAUACUUUUUUUCUAAAACAUUGCUUGUGAGCUUCUGCUAUGAAUUAUAGUGCCUUAUAUUUUAAACCCACUAAGGUCUUAAACGGAUGUAGAAUAUGAGUUACGAUCACACCUCAUUUCUCUUCACUUCAUUUCAAGCAACCAGUUGUAUUGAGUCCUAUAUGAACUGAGCGCUUCUUCAUUGUGGUUUCCUGUAAAUAGGUGUGAAAUUUACUACAUCGACAUAAUUUUUAAACAGAAGCAAAGACUCCUUGUGUUCCUGUGUUGCAGUAUAAUUAGUACUUCAUUAUGAUCUCCUAUUGCUAGCCCACCAUGUUCUGUCUACUACACAUGCUGUGUUUUACACUUUUUGCUGCGCUCAGGGACACAGACCGUUGUAAGAUAUAAUUAGCCAGAGGUUUGCUUUGCAUGUGUAUCCAUUUGCAUUUCCACUGAAGAUUCGUGUUGCUGAGUUUGCAGUACAGGUUUAACUUUGUGGAUUUACUAAAACAAAUCCACUGUGGAAAAAAAUAGGGCAAUUUGUGAGCAAAAAGGCAACAGCUCUCCACGCAUAUAUAACAGUCCAGCAGGGUAUAUAGUUAUUUAUACUGUGCAACCAUUAAAUCAUUAUUUUCUCUUUUUGUUAAUACAGCAAAUUUUCUGUUCAAAAUAAACCACUUUGCAUUUUUUUUUUACAUUUUUGCUUUUUAUUAAAUUACUAAGAAAUGCUGUACAAACUAAUUAGAUACAUAUGUAAAUAAUUCUCAUUCUCACCACCAGGUGCCAGUAGUUACCUGUAUAAAGUUAUCCUUGUAUUGUCUUAGUUAUAAUCUUAUAUAUUUAUACCUAAAGGUAUAAGGUAAAUAAGAAAUAUAUAAAUUCAUUUGGGCUUAAAAGAUAAACAUCUAAAAAGAUACUUUGACUAUUACAAAAGCAAAACAAACAAAGAAUAGCAUAUAAUGAUACACUGAUUCUGAAGGUCAAUAUGAACAGGGAUCUUAUGUGCUUUGAAAUGUUUUUUUGUUUUUUUACUGACAUGACAAACUAUGGUUGUAAAGGGGGACUGUACCAAGCAAAUGUUGUAAGCCAACUGUUUGUGCCAAGUACAACUGAAUCUGUCAAAGUGACAUAUUCUAUCCUACAUGGUCUUACAUUUUGACAUUUCAAGAAUUAUUUUCAAUAAAUAAAUUAUAUGUCGAUGUUGA